AUGGAUCCUAUCAAACUUCCUCCCGCAGCUGAAGAUGUUCGCAAGGAAAUAAAGGGGAUAAUUCCCGAGACCUCUACUUCAUCACAUCAAGCAGCUGAGAUUGAGCCGAAGAUACGCAAGGAUGGGAACAAGACUUACCUGGGAGACUGGCUUGCAAACAAAAUCUCUUUUCUCAAGAAAGAAAUGCAUAUCGGUGAUGCUAUCGGUGAUGGUUGGGGUUGGCAUCUGGUAUAUUUUUCAAAUUCCACCGAACUUCAAAAUGAUCGGAAGCAGGGGUUCUUGGUACCACUAUCUGAAGAAAUUACUUUGACACCUGGAGGAGUACUACAAGAAGGGUUCUACAUGAAUAUCACGACUGAGCCAGUGGUCAGUUCGGGAGCAACUGCUAUAUUCAUUGUCCCUCGCAACUGA